AACUGAGGUGAAGUUUUGGGUCUGCUAUUCAAAUGGAAGAUCCUUCUGUGUGUUUCAUCUCUUUCCUCUUCCUUUUGCCUUUCCUUCUGUUCAGUAUAAAAAGGUAUUCCUGAUUAACAUAAAUUAUUUAAAGACAAACAACAUUGGAUUUUCUAGAAAGAGCAAAGUCAAAAAUGCUUUAGUGAAAUCAGCACUUUCUUGCCUGUUUGUUUUUAAUAGCUGAAAACAGCAGAAAAGGUGCUGAUGCUGCCAGAAUUGUGUACUCUCUCUGUGUAUUGGCAUUUCUUUAAUGUGGUUUUGUGCCUGUGCCUUAAGCUGCAUGGUGAACAAAUCAUUCUUCCUUUGAACAGUAUAGUUGCUUUACCUCUGAAAUUUUUUGAGGUAAACAACUAGUCCCAUAUAUUUAUCCAGUAGGUAAAUUCCAGUGCAAGUUGUUAAUGUGGACUACUUUCUCUAUUUCUGUCAGCAGUAAGGAGUAUACCAAUUAUGUUAUUCAAGGAACAUUUGGAAUGGUGUAUUAUGUCUUGCAGUGCUGUGUUUAGUAAUUUUUCUGUGUUCUCAAAUAUACCAACUAAUACUCUUACAGGAAAGAACAGGAUACAAAUGAUUUCAUAACAGGUUCUGAUACACCUUUUUUGAAAUAUAGUAUUUUAUUCUGGUUAUGCAGAGGCAAAUCAGUUCUCUUGUUCUUAGCUAAUGUGAUGGUGCUGAUCAUCCCCUUUGUCCACCUCUCUUUCUACUCUGGAGAUCUAUGGUUCUUGGUUUUCAGGGAUCCUGUGUAAGGCAAGAUGGCUUUGUACUUCUCAGGCACUCAUUUUAGGAAGGCACAGCAGGAGAAUAGUCCAUGCAAGAUGUAUGUGUUUCUGCAGUUCUUGACUUUCUGCUGAAAACUUGUGCAUGUCUCUGUGUGUUUGUUUUACUUUGCUGCAUCUAUAUUUUUUUCUUUACAAAAAACCCCCCACAUAGUUCUUUUGCAUGCCUUUGCUUUUUAGUGUUGACCUUACCUCAUCUCUGUGUGGCCCUGUGGGUGUCCACUGGAGCUGUGCUGCAUGUGUCUGUUACCUCCUUGGCUGAGGUUUCUUUAGGCAAGAAACUCAAGUCUGGGGUGUUAGACCUGUGCAGCUAUGCAUACUUUUUUUGGAUUGUUUUGUGGGGUGUUUGUGUGAUUGCAUGUGUGUAUACAAAGACAACAUUCUCAGGAAGCUGCGUUUUACUCUUAGAACUCUCUGUAUUCUCCAUUCCCAAAUACAAAUUCACAGACUUUUCAAAUGAACACAUAGAUUUGAAACUCUUGUGAGUCUGGCAGUAUUGUGCACUUCCUGCCGAGAAAAGAAGACAGAUUAUAUCUUGAAUGCAAGAGGCAAUUUUGCAGGGUAUGCAUGUGCAUGCUUAGGUAUAUAUGAGCUGUUGAAGGACUUAAAUGCUGGAGAUACAGUAAAAUCAGCAUUUCUGGUACCUGCUAACUGCUGGCAUCACUUUCUUCCCCUGUGUUUACAGUGCAUGUUUACAUGUAAAUCCUUUGAGAGUUGCUACCAUUUAAUAACUUUUAAUUGAAACCUGUGCAUUGCAUCUGUAGGGAAGAAGUUGGUUUACUUAAGAGCAUCAUCUUGAGAGACUGUACAAUAUGUUAGUAAUAGAUGUACCCAUUUUAUAUUUAACUAGUGUCUUGUGAUGCAUCUGUAUUUGCUGUCUGUCUGAUCUUCUGUGCUCAUUUUUGCUGGCUUUUGUCUGCAGGAAUGCAGAAAGAAAAAAGUUAAUCUCAGUUUACAAGGGAGCAAUCUACUAGAAGCUGUGACUGAGAUUCGCGGUGGAGUUUUAGGAUUCAUUGAUCUAGGUUUCCACACUGUUGUGGUUCUUUGGAUUUGUUUUUUUUCUUGGAAAUGGUAGGUCUAGGAAGCAGCUGCCGAGGGAUGAAGUCUUCACCGCUCCUCAUGGCUGCACUUGUGGCGUGCAUCAUUGUUUUGGCUUUCAAUUACUGGAUUGCAAGUUCUCGCAGCAUGGAUCUGCAGGGUCGAGUCAUGGAUCUGGAAGGCAAAAUCCGGAAGGCGGCAGCGGAGAGGGUUGCUGUGGAGCUCAAAAAGAAUGAAUUCCAAGGGGAGCUAGAGAAGCAGCGACAGCAGAUUGACAAAAUCCAGUCCUUGCACAGCUUUCAGAUGGAAAAUGCCGACAGAGUACAUCAGGAAGAGAAGGCAAUACUGCUGAAAAACAUCACAGUAAAUGAUCGAUUGAUUCAGAAUCUAGGAGAACACUUGAAAGAGUUACAGACAGAAUAUGGAAAGCUGCAGUUGGAUAUUUACUGGUUUCAGAAGAACCAGACUAACCUUCAGAGGAAGUUCUCAUAUGACCUGUCACAGUGCAUCAACCAGAUGAAAGAAUUAAAAGAACAAUGUGAAGAAAGGGUAGAUGAACUUACAAAAAAGGGUAGUGAUGUACCACAAAUCAAAGAAAACAAAGAAUUCUCAGAAGAUUCAAAAAAAUAUAGCCAGGUCAAUAUUCAACUGCCAGCCUUGAAGCAAACUGAGUUCAAGCACAUUGACUUGGAACAGCAGAAACCCACUGAAGAUGUACCUAAAGCAGUACCUACACUAAGACAGACAGACUUGAUACAAGCUAAAGAAAGAAUAGAUGGCCCAGCUGACAUCAGAAAACAGGAGCCUAAGGCAGAAGAGGAGCAGCUUUUUAGUCAAUUGAAAAAACCACAAGAUUCCCUCAAGGCUGCUGCAGGUCACAAGGAGAUGCUACCUGAAUCAGAGAAGGAGCCAAAUCCAUCUGGAAAUGAAAAACAUGUCGCUGGGCAAGAUGAGUUACAGCCAGCACCAGAGCAGGCUGCCAGUGAGGAAGUUGAGAGGGAACAACUCCUAAAUUAUGAUGUGAAGCAGGACAACUUGUCCCUGGGAAAGGCCGACAAACAGGAACAUGAAGCAAUGAACCAGGACAAGGAUGUUGUUGAUUACAAUUUAGAUGAGAAUGAAGCUGAAUCAGAAACAGACAAGCAAGCAGCACUUGCAGGGAUUGAAAAUGUUCAAAACCCUGAAGAUAUGAAGAACCACUUAUCUGACCAUGGUGAAGGACGACAGAAGUUGUGAACAAAGGAGGUUCAUGAUGCAACGUAGUCAACUCUUCAUCUAUAUGCAGCAAUGAUGAGUGCAAAGUGAUCUGAGAAUGUUUUGAUUACCUUCUUGAGGCUUGAAUAAGGGCCCAAAAUGAAGUAGUAUCUUCCUGUG